UGUUUGCCUAGCUGCUGAGUAUCUCCUUGAAUCCUCGCAAAGCAGCACACACCCGCCAGCACAUGUUUAAGAUUUCCGACAUCACGGUCGUCAACCAGGCUGACAAACACAGCUUCUCGAGUCAGGUGCAGGUCGGUAGGGCAAACACACAGACUGCAGCGGGAAGAGUUUACAUGCGCAUUUGUUCUGCGUCCGAGUGCAUGCAUCAGCGGUUGAAAGAUGAGGCAAGAACCUAGACGAAGAAGAAGAAGAAGAAGAUGAAGAAGAAGUCACAUUACAGAAAGGUAUACGCUUGAAUCGGGCCCGUUGCAUUCGGAAGAUUACCAUUUCGUUGCAAUCGUGCCUGCCCAGUAAACCUCACAAUCAUACACAAAUACUUUCAAACUCCAGUGUUCGACGCCGUCGCCGUCGCUAUUUCGUCUGUCCCUUCACGGUUGAGGUGAUUAACCCCCUCCCCAUCGUCGUCCCAGCUCCCCCUCUCUCUUUCGUCUAUCAUUUAUCGUCUUUCCGCACCCUCCUAUCUCUGAAACGUCAUGCCGCUUUCUCGAUUAAUCAGAAGCCGCGUGGAAUGGUUCCCGACUCCCGCUUCUGGAUUCCCGCUUCCCCACGGCCUUAUAUGCUUGGAUUGGCCGCC